GCGCAGCGGUGGCGGAAGGUUUCAUUCAGAGUGCGACGCGUGGGCGUCUCGAAGGACCCCUAUAAAACCUCCCUCUGACCGGGCGGUUGGCCACAGUUCCGAUACGAACGCUCAGCGCGCACUACUGCUAAUCGUGUCUUCUCGAACACCCGCAAGUAUUACGACGAUCCUCUUGCUGUGUGGACGACACAGCACAUUGACGAGACGAUAUUUGACUGCGAUUCAAGAGAUAAACUUAAAUAGAACACAAUAGAACAAAAAAAAAACCACCUGAACAAGAAAAGGUUGAGAACUGGAAACAUGAACGUCGCGGCGGUGGUAAACGUGACCGUGAUGGCGGCCGUGGCCGCAUGCCUGACGUGGGCAUCGGCGGCCCGGGCGAACAGCAUCAUGAAUCGGUACGGGAAACAGCAAUUGUCGCAGAAGCAAAAUCGGUACGGUAGCUCGUCAGCGGCGGCGUGGUUGAACUCGGGCGCGGGCAACAGGAUCGAGGCCGGCUGGGCGUCGCCGUACGGGAUCAGCGGCGGCAACCUGAUGCGGCACUACCCCGUGUCGGUGGGACGAUAUCAGACGAUGGGCGGCGGUGGCGGUGGCGACAGACAGGGUAACUUGUUCGCGGACGACUAUUACGACGGCAACGUGGACCCGUAUGGCCCGAAACUGCAGUACGACCGGUCGGUGGCGGACUACGCGGUGGUCAGAUACCCGAGUUACGGGGCCGCCGCGAGCUACUACCCGCUGGCCGACUUGGGCGCGUACGAUAUGGCCGCGGCGGGCGACGAUCUGCUGUAUGACGACGUGGCGUUCGGCGGUCGCGACUCGAUCGCGCCGUCCGCCGCCUCGUCAGCAUCUUCACCGUCGUACUACCAACCGUCCGCGGCUAUUAUCAACAGGUACGACUCGCAAUCGCCGCUAUCGUUGUCGCUGAACCGCUAUGAGCCGGCCAGGUAUCCGACGGAUAAUAUACACAAGUUCCGCAAGGUGUUCAUGUCGAACUUGGUGUCGCCGUCCAACGCGUUCAAGUCCACCCAGGAGCAGCAGCUGUACGAUUUCUGGGAGUCGCUGAUCAACGGACGACGAUUAGACGGCAUGCAGCAGACGGACGACGACGGUAGUAUCGGACAACGGCAGCACCAGCAGCACCAGGGACGGCAGCAGUUGUAUCAGCAGCAACAGCAGUCACCGCAGGAGUUAGACCCUAUCUCGCAGUUGUACCAACACCUGCCGCCGAUUUUCCAGCAGUUGCAACAGCAGCAGAAACUUAAACAGCUCCAGCACCAGCAGUCGACCGGGGAGCGGACGCCGUCUUCGUCUUCGCUGUCGUCGUCGUCGUCGUCGUCGUUGUUGCCGUCGUCGUUUUCGUCGUCGUCAUCGUCGUCGUCGUCGUUGGUCGCGUCUCAUUCGGGGCCACCGCUAUCGCACGCGAUGCCCAGCGGCAAUCACUACAAACAGUGGGCGAACGGUUCGCCGCUGAUCAAACGCGGGGUCGUGGCGCGUGACGACGAUGACGAUGUGUGGCAGCUGGAAAAGCUCAAGACGCGCAACGUUACCACGGUACCGGCCGUGACCGCGACCGCGAUCGCAGCAUCACCAAUGGCGGACGGCGGACAGAGGGAAUACGUGCUGCCCAGACCGGCGGGCGAAAAGUCCGGUUUCGAGAAUUUGUUGGAGGCGAUGGCGGAAGGCGAUCGUUUCCAAGGGCAAAUGGACAAAAGCACUGCAGCCGCCUACAGCAAAAUACGUCAAGAAGCCAAAGUGAAUAAGAAAAGGUCAUUCGUUUCAGAUGAGACGUCGUUAGCUGCUCAACUUGGUGCGCUCCGGAAAAAUUAAUAGAACUUCCUUUCAUUGUAUCAAGAAUGCAAUUUUUUAAGUUUGUUAAACCGAAGUAUACUAAAAACUAUAUGAUAAUAAUAGUGUAAAUAAUACAUUUCCUUUUUGAAUACGUUCGCUUAAGUGUAAAGUUAAUUUCUAAACAAUUACUCUUUUUUAAAAUUAUAUGCACACUAUAUGUUUUAUCCUUCUUCUACACUUACAUUGUUGGAUACUAUACAUAAUGUUUUUCGACUUAUAAACUAAUUUCAUUAAGGAUCGAAGACUGAUUGAAACGUUUCAUUGUACCUACAUGCAUUUAUAGUGUCUAACAAAUAAAAAUCGUUAGUUAGUUCAAAGUUGGUACUCAUGUUUUUGAAUUCAUUAUUUCUAAAUAUUAUUUAUUUGCUACCACAUUUUUAAUAUAAAUAUUAUUAUUACUUAUCUAUAUUUUUUUUAUGCUGACGAUUCUUGCACUUUUAUGUGAUUCUCUUGUAUAUAAUUAUUAAUGUGACUUGUUUAUAAGAUUUUAUUAUUAUUACCUAUUAUAAAACGUAUCAACCUAAUAUUGUAGUCAUGAAAUUAGGAUGUUAUAUUUAAAUACACAAGAGAUUAAUGUUUCAAAAAUUUCAAA